UGCGACACAAAUUCUUAUUUCUCGUAUUUUAUUUUCCCAAACAAGAUUAUAUCGCAUUUAAUAACAUCAUUAUAGUACAUAGUUUCGUGAAACAAACGUUUUUCUAUUAUCGUAGUACUCAGCUCCGUUAAAAGUCAAGAAUUCUUCUUCCCCAACCCGACUGUGAUGUUGUCUGUGCCUCUGCUUCAAACUGAAGAAGCUAUGGAGGCAGCAGAAGAACCAACUCCCGCUCCCUCAGAUUCACUCUCGGGUCAGAUAUCCAAAUUUGUGGUCAUGUUAACCGCAACAUACCAUAGUAAGCCAAUUCCUUAUUGGAUUCUUCUUGUUCUUGGCAUCAUAGCAAUGCUCGUGGCGUUUCCAGCUUCCAGCAUUCUGUCUCGUGUUUAUUAUGCUAAUGGUGGCCAGAGCAAGUGGAUCAUAUCUUGGGUGGCUGUUGCUGGUUGGCCUCUAGUUGCCUUGAUCUUGUUUCCUGCAUACUGCAUUAAUAAAACCCUCCCUACUCCUCUCACCUUAAAACUCGGUCUAGCGUAUGUCGUUUUGGGUUUCCUAAGUGCUGCUGACAACCUCAUGUAUGCUUAUGCCUAUGCUUACCUCCCAGCAUCAACCGCUUCAUUAGUGGCAUCAUCAUCCCUUGUGUUUUCUGCACUUUUUGGAUACCUUCUUGUGAAGAACAAAAUCAAUGCUGCAAUGAUAAACGCUAUCUUUGUCAUAACUGCUGGAUUAACCAUCAUUGCCUUGGAUUCAGGUUCAGACAGAUAUGAUAAUGUCAGUAACAAGGAAUACAUCAUGGGAUUUAUAUGGGAUGUUUUGGGAUCUGCCCUUCAUGGGCUUAUUUUCGCUCUCUCGGAGCUGGUUUUUGUGAAGUUACUGGGAAGAAGAUCCUUCAUUGUUGUGUUGGAACAGCAAGUCAUGGUUUCGCUGUUCGCAUUCCUGUUUACCACAAUAGGGGUAAUCGUGAGUGGUGGUUUUCAAGGAAUGGCAUCUGAAGCUACCACUUUCAAAGGUGGUAGAAGUGCCUAUUAUCUUGUUCUCAUAUGGAGCGCCAUCACUUUUCAAAUGGGGGUGCUGGGAGCCACUGCAGUAAUUUUCUUGGCUUCUACUGUGCUAGCAGGUGUACUCAAUGCUGUGAGAACACCGGUAACAAGCAUUGUAGCUGUUAUCCUGCUACAUGAUCCAAUGAAUGGUUUCAAGCUCCUCUCUCUCUUGAUUACCUUCUGGGGAUUCGGCUCAUAUAUUUAUGGAAGUUCUAUGGAUGAAAAAUCAUAAGAAUUUGGCCCUAGAUUCUAGCCCAUUCAAAUUCUCUCUGCAGAAGUUCUAGGGUUAAACCGUGAGACAGUAACUUGUGUGGGAGUCCUAUAUAUUAAUUGUGUGUUACGUUCAAGAAAAAUUGUAUAUUGAAUUUGAAUUUCACUCAUGAUUAAGGAAUUGCAUCAAAAUAUUACGUUCUAUCAAAAUAUUACGUUCUAUCAUUGCUCA